AUGGACGAGUCUAUCGAACUCGCAGCUCCACGCCCCGUCCUCGCUCGCGGCUUCGACUCGCGCCCGCCCCUCUCUCGUUCCUCGUCGGCCGGAUGGAGCGAUUUCGCCGACUCGAAGCUCAACUCUCCUCUCGAGUCGCGCGCAUCGACACCGAUACAGCAUCUGCCUGUCUUGCCAGCCGCACAGGGAACCGAUGCGGCCGCUGAUGCUGUGGGGCGAGCACGAGGGUCGCGAGAGGGCAGUGCUGGAGCGGCGGAAGAGCCGGUGCGGCAGCGUAUGAGGCGCAUGAGCAUGGGCGACGAAGCGGAUCACGAGAUGUCGGAGCUGCCGCCCGUGGAUAGAGGGCGCGGAGCGUGGUCCUUCGUUGUUGCCGCCUUCAUCCUCGAAACCUUCAUCUGGGGCUUCUCGUACUCGAUGCCGAGCGUCCUCGUCUACCUCCAAUCCCACGACCCCUGGCAGCAAUCCUCCCUCGCCGCCCUCUCAGCAAUCGCGACAGUCCUCCUCGCCGUCAUGUUCAUGGUUCCGAUACUCGUCAUCACUUUCUUCCGACGAUACCCAGACUGGGUCAAACCCAUCCUAUGGGGCUCGGCUGUCGUCAACUGCCUUGCAAUGCUCGCAUCGAGUUGGGCGACCAAGGUUUGGCACCUCAUUCUGCUGCAGGGCAUCGUGCAGGGACUUUCAGGCGCGGUGUUGUAUGCGCCGGUCUUGCUGUGGCUCAACUCCUGGUUCCACAUGCGCCGCGGCCUCGCCUCAGGCAUCGUCUUCGCCGGCACCGGCAUCGGCGGCCUCGUCUUCCCCUUCAUCAUCUCUACCCUCCUCGACCGCCACGGCUUCGCAACCAUGUGUCGAGUUUGGGCUGCCAUCACCGGGGCGGUUUAUGCGGUUGCCGUGUGGCUGAUUAGGCCCAGGGUGCCGCCUACGAGGCCGAAGGGCGAGAGGGGUCCGUGGUUCGCGACGGGCGACGCGAGGUUUCUCAAGGAUCCGGUGGUGUUGAUGAUGACUGCCACGUCUUUCGUCUCGUCGCUCGCGUACUUCCCCGUCUCUCUCUACCUCCCAACCUACACGACCUCCCUCGCUUCCCCCCUCUCCGCCAACAUUGUCGUGGUAGCGUUCAACCUCUCCUCCUCAAUCGGCUCAACCGUGACCGGCUAUGCAUCCGACCUCUCCGUCGAGUGGACGAUCGCCGUGAUGGGCGUCUGCGGAGCGGUGCUGGCGUUGACGGCUUGGGGAUUGGCGAGUAGCUUGGGCGCGGUGUUUGCGUUCGCGGUGCUGUUCAGUCUGUUCUCGCAGAGCUGCUCCUGUUGGGGGGCCGCAGCACGUGAUUCAGCCGGCGCGAAUCCUCACCUGUCGACGCUUAUCUUCUGCACUUUCGGGAUCGUGAGAGGCUGCGCAUCCAUCAUCGGUCCAUUCAUCUCCACAACCCUUUACGACCAGAAAGUGGCGCAAGAACACUCGUCCUGGGGUCGAUACGGCUUCCGCAAGGUCAUCAUCUUCGUGGGGGUCAUGUCGUUUGCGAGUGCGUUUGGCGGAGCGGGGAUGAAGUGGGCGAGGGCGAAGCAGAGGAGGGAGAGGGUCAGGAGGGGGAGUUCGUCGGGGUGA